AUGGUGUCAGAGCAGAAUCACCCUAAUGCUUGUGGGAACGACGAGUUCCAGCAUUUGGGGAAGUUCCAGAGGAACAAUCUGCCUACUUUCAAUGGUAAGUACGAUCCUGAUGGAGCGCAGACUUGGGUCAGGAAGAUUGAGAGGAUUUUUAGAGUGAUGGGUUGCUCUGAAGCAAAGAAGGUGUGGUUUGGUACGCAUAUGUUAGUUGAGGAAGCUAAUGACUGGUGGAUCAACACUCGUCACGUGUUGGAUGUUGCAGUUGAAGUUGUAACUUGGGUUGUGUUCUGCAAGGAAUUUAUGAGAAAUGAGGGGACCGCUGAGUUAUCGAAGUGUAUCAAAUUCGAGAAUGGUUUGCAUCCUGAGACUAAGAAGACGAUUGGAUACCAACAAAUCAUGAGGUUUCCAGAGUUGGUGAACAAUUGUGGAAAUUAUGAGGAUGAUAGUAAGGCUUGGUCGGCUCACUACAAGGGGCUGAGCGAGAGAAGAGAAAAGUAG